AAUCCAUGACAGGCGUUCGUGCCUUCGUCCGCUUCGUCCAUGCUGGAUGUCUGGAACGGAAAGAUAUGAUUCCUGUGUUCUCUUCUUGAUACGCCGUACCUUUCUAACUGGCGAACUAUCGCGCAUACGGCCGUUUUAUUUCCAUUACAUGGCAAUGGGAGACAUUAGACUUCCACGGCACAUGUUUCUGUGGAGCAUGUCCGUUAUUUACAUGUUUGCCUUCGCAUCCCUGUACAUUCAGAUACCAGGUCUCUAUGGUAACGAUGGAAUUCUGCCGGCUCGUUGGCAGUUGCGCUACACCGGGAAGAGCCUCCUGGAGCAGCUGCGUGACUCGCCCACCCUGCUGUGGCUGGGCCCUCGCUUUGGCCUGGACACCCAGCAGGGCAUGGAGCUCAUCUGCAUUUUGGGGUCCCUCCUGGGCCUCGGGGCCAUGGUGCUGGAGCCCCUGCGGAACAGCAUUGUGUUCUUCUGCCUGUGGGUGCUCUACCUCUCCCUAUUUCAGGUUGGGCAGGUUUUUCUGUACUUCCAGUGGGACAGCCUGUUGCUGGAGACGGGCUUCCUGGCGGUUCUGAUCGCCCCCCUGACCCUGCCCCGCGGGGGGUCCCCGUCCCGGCAGCACGACGGCGUCACGUUCUGGCUGGCCCGCUGGCUCCUGUUCCGCCUCAUGUUCGCCUCGGGCGUGGUCAAGCUGACCAGCCGCUGCCCCACCUGGUGGGGCCUCACAGCUCUGACCUACCACUACGAGACCCAGUGCAUCCCCACGCCCCUGGCCUGGUACGCCCAUCAGCUGCCCGUCUGGUUGCAGAAGCUCAGCGUGGUGGGCACCUUCGUCAUCGAGAUCGCCGUGCCCUUCCUCUUCUUCUCGCCCGUCAGGUGUCUGCGGCUGGGCGCCUUCUACCUGCAGGUUCUGCUGCAGGUACUCAUCAUCCUAACCGGGAACUAUAACUUCUUCAACCUCCUCACCAUCACGCUGUGCUUCUCCCUGCUGGACGAUGACCACGUCCUCUCAUUUAUCGGACGCGCGAAGAAGGCGGAGUCUAAAACCUGGCCUGAGGCCGUGGCGUCCGGGCUGGCAUCACUGACUGGGCUGUGCGUCUGCGGUCUCAUGGCCUACCUGACUGUGGUCUACUUCAGCCUGGAUAUCGACUGGGAGAAGGCUAGUGUAUCCUCACACACUGCAUUUACCUACCACCAGUUUAACUGGUUUCUGAAGACAGUGACUGUUCCCAGUAUUUGGACUGGAGUGCUCUCUCUUACCUGGGAAAUCAUCAAGGCCAUGUUCAAGUGCGCCUGUGUGCGCGGAGUCUUCUGGAAGCUGACCGCCACCGCGCAGUGGGCCGUGUUCGCCACCGCCGCCGUCUGCAUGUUCGCUAUCAGCACGGUUCCCUACACACUAAUUGAAUACGAGGCCCAGGGUUCGAUCUGGCCAGCCGUCGCUAGGACGCACAGCUCUGUGGCUCGUUACCAGCUGGUGAACUCUUACGGCCUCUUCAGGAGGAUGACGGGGGUCGGGGGUCGCCCGGAGGUGGUGAUCGAGGGCAGCAUGGACAGGGUCACCUGGACGGAGAUCGAGUUCAUGUACAAGCCCGGGAACGUGAGCGGGCCCCCGCCGGCCGUGGCCCCCCACCAGCCCCGGCUGGACUGGCAGAUGUGGUUCGCCGCCCUUCGCCCCCACGCGCAGAGCCCCUGGUUCACCGGCCUGGUGCAGCGCCUCCUGCAGGGCAAGAGAGACGUGAUUAACCUGGUCCAGGUGGAGGAGUCCAGAUACCCGUUCAGCCACAGCCCCCCAGCGUUCAUCCGGGCCCGCCUCUACAAGUACUGGUUCACCGAGCUUCGUGAGGACGGGUCGCUGCCCCGGCAGUGGUGGAGAAGGCAGUACGUGGAGGAGUUCUAUCCCACAGUCCACCUGGGCGACCCCGUGCUGGAGAGCAUGCUCAGUCAGCACGGGCUCAAGGACAAGGGUGUGGUCCGGCGCGUCUCAAACGCACUGCUCCCCCGGGCCCUGGGGCAGGUUCGGGCGCAGGUUCAGGGCCUCUCCGGGCCCUCGGCGCUCUGGUCCCUCUUCAUCACGGGGCUCACCAUCAGCUUCCUCAGGGCACUGAGCUCCAGGGCCUUCCGGACCCGCGGGCCCAAACCCCUCCCCGUGGAACUUCUGGGUGAGAAGACUGAGGAGGCGCCGUCUCCACCUGCGCCAUGUCCCGAGGAGGAGGAGGAGGUGGGAGACGAGGUGGAAGAGGAGGAGGUGGGAGAUGAGGAGGAGGAGGUGGAAGAGGAGGAGGUGGUAGAAGAGAAGGUGAAAGGAGAGUUUGCCACUGACCAUGAUGGCAGAGGUGACAUGGAGGAGAAGCGGUUGGAAUCUGAAGCAAGCUAAAGGAAAAGGGAGUGCCAAUGGUGAUCGACGAUCACUCUAAACCUCGGUCAGACAAUGGGAAGGAUGAGUGUUGUUUUCACCGGCUCCCUCUGGUGGCCAAGUUGGGAUGUGCACUCUCUCUACACGUGCGCAGUGUAUGGGCUGAGGAUGCAGUCUGUUUCUGCUUGAACUUCACAAGUGUAUGGAUUGACAUUUGUAAAAAAAACCAGUCCUCUUAAACUACUGCCUCAUUUGCGCAUUUAUUAAUUCUGUAAGAAAGGCAGUAUGACUCAUGGAAAAGUCCAAAUUAUUAUAUUUUUUAAAUGGGUCAUGGAAGGAUUAAGCACAGGGAAAAGUGGGUGGUGUCAGAUGUUUAAGGCCUUUCACUCGGCUUUUGAAUAUACAUUCACUUUCAAAUACACUGGGCAGAUUUCUCAUUGUUUUCACACAUCCUCUAUGCAAUUGAUAACAGUAAACUACCGAUAAUUGUUCUAGACCUAGUUGGAUCUUAGUUAUCUGUAUGGUCGCGCACUGCUGUUGAGCACUUUAAAGUGCAUUUGUGUUUGUGUGGGUUUUGAAUUUUGGCUGAGUGCGUGGGAAGAGAGAGCUCUUAAAACAGCUGAGUUCCCCUCUGCUUUGGAGACUGUAAGUUCUCCGGUGUUCUGGUUUGUUGCAAGUCGACACAUUUGGCUGCUAGCUUCGGAGAUUCAUCGUUGGCAACGUUAAUGUAAUACUCUUGAUAAAUCAUUACCAUUUUCAUAUCCAUGUUGUCCUUUGAUGUCGUCACAUAAUGCUUUUUUGCAUUCCUGUGGCUUAUACAGUAUAUAUAUAUAUUAAAGGAGUCUCAUUAAUGAUUAUUUAACUUGUUGUCAUGGUAACUGGUUAAAAUCUACUGUCCCUUUAUUUAUUCACCCCACCAAAUUUUCUUCCCCAUUUUGUAAUUUUGAGUCACAAAUUUAUGGCUCCUCUUCAUAGGUGGAAAGUCCUGCCACAGUCCUGGGGGUGCGCAAGCUAGCAUUUGGGCCAGAAAGUGUGCUGCCAGGUCUGCUUGAUUUUAAAUUUAAUGUUAUUGCGCUGGGGGACUGCACAGCUGUUCAGAAAUAAGAUUGAAUAGAUUUCAGAAGUCCAAUAAUGUCCCUGGAUCAGUUAAUAUCCACACUGUCUUAGUCAGUCGCUCUUAAAUCUGAAUGACUUGUUCUGUCUCUGCAUGAAAGUAUCUCAUGUAAAUGUGGACAGUGAUGAUGUGACCUUAACAUUCCAGGAUACUUUCUCUUGGGUCAUGACUAACUAGAUAGCCAGCUUUGUAUUUUUUUUUUUACAUCAAAAGCUUUGUCUCUGCCAAAAACCUGAAAUGUUCCCAUUUCGAUACAUCGUAUGACUUUCCACAAAGGGUUAUGACCAAGGACAAUACAAAUGGAAAUGGAUGCACUGAUUUUGAACGUGCUUGGAGUUGGCACCAACUGAAACCUCGCAUUGUAAGGUGCGUACAGAUGACAGAAGGAAUCUAACUAUUGACCGUCUAAUUACAAUAAAGAAUUUUUGGAUUUGUAUAAUUUUGUAGUCUAGGAUUAUGCAAACCAUGUUUAGGGUCAAUAUUGUCAGAAAAAUGACCUUUGUCUAGUCUGUAUACAGUAUGUUUGUGUUUGAUUUGCAAUCCUGAAUUUUCAGCAUCGGUAAUCAUCCAGCAGAACCAAAUAUAAAUUCACAUUUUAUUUAUAUUACCUUACACUGCUCAUUAGGCAGGUCACAUGGUAACAUGUUGUAUCGUUACAUAAAUUGACAUUUAUUGUUACAUAUUAUAUGCGUAAUGUGUGAGGAAAACAUUUUACUGAUACGUAUCAAGUUUGUAAUAAAGUAUCCAUUUUUUAUUGACGACGUC